AUGGGUAAACUUUCUUGUUCUCUCUCCAUUUUGAGUUUUCAACUGCACUCUUUCUAUCUAUCUAUCUUUCUUUCUUUCUCAAUCUCCCUAUUUCUCUUUCUUUCUAUCUAUUCUUUUCCCUCAAUUUCGCUCUCUUUCCUUCCUUCUUUUUUCCUUCUUUCCUCUUUCUCUCUCUCUCUCUCUCUCUCUCUCUCUCCAGCUUCUUUCUUUUUCUCUCUUCUAAUAUUUUAUUUUUGUCUCUUUCUCUUUCUCACUCUUGUUCCUUUUACUAUUUCUCUCUUUCUCUCUCUCUCUCUCUGUCCUUCUUCUCCUUCCUGCUACAAGCGCAUCCUUCCUCUCAUCACCCCUUACAUUAAAAUUUUCAAACACACACUAUCUAUCUAUCUAUCUAUCUAUCUAUCUGAGGGUGUAAAUUAUCUAUCUCUCUAUCUCAGCCUAUUCAGAUCUAUCUAUCAAUCUUUCUCCGUCUUUUCAUAUCUAUCUAUCUAUCUAUCUAUCUAUCUAUCUAUCUAUCUAAGCUAUCUGCCUCACUCCUUCUGUUUCCUUUUCUUUCUACAUAGUUUUUUCCUAUCAUUCAUUUCCUUAAAAUUCCUUCUUUUUCUUUCUAUUUUUACCUUGCUCAUUCCAUGUUCUUUUUAUCUUUUUAGUUCUUCAAUUUCUCCUUCUCCCCAUUUUAAUUCCUUUGUCUUUCUUUUUUUUCUCUUCUUACUUACCAUUUAUCUUUUAUGCGUUAUUUUCCACGUCCUCUCUUUUUUUUUCUGCUAUUCUUCUCUCUCCUACUUUCUUAGUGCCUUAUUUGAUGAGUUUACCCUACACUGCUCCCAAGAUGGCGUUUCGCUCAAGGGACAUAUUUAUAGAUGGGGGUGGUAA